UUGGAGAUGUCACGGCAUCACAGCCGGUAUGAGAGAGAUUAUCGCAUCGGGUGGGACUGGAGGGAUCGAAGCUCCAGCUGUAGCAAUGUAACUAAUACCAACUGCAGCAGCGGCAUUGCCAACAGUAACAACAUCACGAACAGACCUGGUCUUCUGCCACUGCCAAUUGUUCCCUCCCGUCUCCUAACUCCAGUCACACCUGUCUGCACCACGGCAAGCAAUGAGAUGAUGACGAAUUUAAUGGCCAGUUCUGUCCCUUCCACAACUACAGCUUCUAAGCCUUCAAGCAUUUCUAAGAUUGACAGUCAGACACAAGGACAAAUGCUCAGUAAAAGUGUGAGAUGGGGACAAACUCCUAUCAAUCAGUCAACUCCCUGGGACACAGAUGAGCCUCCAUCUAAACAAAUGAGAGAAAUAGAAAAUGCCGGUCCAGCAUCAUGGGUCCCUUCAGUUGCUGCCAUCGGCCAGCCUGCCCUAAUACCUCCCACGUAUGGGAUGACACAGCCACCAGCAUUCAGUGUCCAAGGCCCAGUGAUUGGAGUCACACCUACCAUGCCACCUCCAGUUCCCCCUCAACUUCCACUUAUGACGGCACAUUAUCAAGUACAACAUCCUUCCCAGCCUCUAACGAACAUGGUUGUUAAUCUGCAGAGUCAGCCUUUGUACACAACUAGCCAGCCGAUUACCAUGUCCCCUCUCACUGGGGUGGGUCAGGUGACUCAGCCCCCCCCAAGCACGGUGGGGAAUGGCCAAAUGAGUUGCCCCAUUCUGCAACCAUCAGCUGUGCCCUCAGCAGCCCUUCCUAGUAAUGCUCAAGGAGUCAAUGAGCAGGUAGUCUCCCACCUUCCUUUAAAUCCGCCACAAGCUGAAGACAGCAAAAAUGGUGUGCAGAUGUUACGGACUGUUGGGACCGGAAAAUACGAGUUUAUGGAUCCAUGGCACCCGAAAGGUGACCAACGCAAGUCCCCUGUCAGCACCAUGGACCAGGCUCAGCCCAGACUUGACACCACGGAGGAACUUCAAACAGAAAUGUUGAAGGAGUUGAACGAGCAGCGCAGAGCGAAAGAGUUUACAGACCUGAAAAUAACUGUUGAAGGCAAAGAGUUUGAAGUCCAUCAAAAUGUUCUAGCUUCCUGCAGCUUAUAUUUCAAGGAACUGAUCAAAAGGGCUUCAAAGGACAACAAAAAUGGAGAGAAGCUGGAGUUGACAAUUUCAAAUAUAAAUGCAGAUGUGCUGGAAAUGCUGCUGGAGUUUGUUUAUACUGGCUCACUCAUCAUCAAUUCUGGAAAUGCAAAAACGCUACUGGAAGCUGCCAGUAAAUUCCAGUUCCGAACUUUCUGCAAAGUUUGUGUUUCAUUUUUAGAGAAACAGCUAACAGCCAAUAACUGCUUAGGAAUACUAGCCAUGGCAGAAGCUAUGCAGUGUAAUGAACUACACAACAUGGCAAAAGCCUAUGCACUGCAAAACUUUCCAGAAGUAACAACCCAAGAUGAAGUUCUGAAUGUCUCAAAGGACGAUCUCAUUGCAUUUCUCUCCAAUGACAACUUGAACACAAAGGCUGAAGAACUUGUUUACGAGGCUGUAAUUAAAUGGAUUAAAAAGGAUCCAAUAAACAGAACACAGCAUUUGUCUGAGCUGCUAGCUGUGGUCCGCUUGCCUUUUAUUCAUCCAAGCUAUCUGUUAAAUGUGGUUGACAAUGAGGAAUUGAUCAAGUCUUCAGAGGCUUGCCGAGACUUGGUAAAUGAAGCAAAACGCUAUCACAUGCUGCCGCAUGCUCGACAGGAAAUGCAGACUCCUCGGACACGGCCAAGGUUAUCUGCAGGUGUGGCUGAAGUGAUUGUCCUGGUCGGUGGUCGCCAAAUGAUCGGAAUGAGCCAACGUGAUCUCACAGCCGUCAGCUGCUUUAACCCCCAGAACAACAAAUGGUACCCAUUAGCCAGUCUACCGUUCUAUGACAGGGAAUUUUUCAGUGUUGUCAGUGCAGGUGACAACAUCUAUUUGUCCGGUGGCAUGGAAUCUGGUGUCACACUUGCUGAUGUCUGGUGUUACAUGUCCCUUCUGGACAAUUGGAACCUGGUUUCACGAAUGACUGUCCCAAGGUGUCGACACAAUAGCCUGGUGUAUGAUGGGAAAAUUUACACACUCGGUGGCAUUGGUGUCUCUGGGAAUCUCAAUCACGUUGAAAGGUAUGACACAAUUACCAACCAGUGGGAAACAGUGUCUCCACUUCCCAAAGCUGUGCACUCUGCAGCUGCAACUGUAUGUGGUGGCAAAAUCUACGUGUUUGGUGGCGUGAAUGAGGCAGGACGGGCAGCUGGAGUUUUACAAUCCUAUGUCCUUCAAACAAACACGUGGAGUUUCAUUGAAUCACCUAUGAUAGGUAAGAUUAUCUGUUACAGUGCCGUGGUACUCGAUGGAAAAAUCUAUGCUACAGGAGGAAUUGUCAGUAGUGAAGGACCUGCAUUGGGAAACAUGGAAACGUAUGAUCCCCACACAAAUACUUGGACAAUCCUACAAAACAUGCCUUGCCCGGUAUUCAGGCACGGGUGUGUAGUCAUCAAAAAGUAUAUUCAAAGUGGUUGACACGAUAUGAUAUCAGUUCCUGAAUUGUUUUAUUCUGCUGUAGCAGUGCUUUAAAACAAUGAAUAUUUUCUCUCUACUGUCUACAUUGAAUGUAGAUUCCACAUUCACCAUUUGGUGAAAUAGGGCAAAAAUCCCUAUGGAUGUAUUGUAAUAUAACUUAUGGUGUUUCUAGUAGUGUCACAAGACCUGGCACUUGGUUUAGAUAUUGGGCAAUUCGAGUAUGAAUGCCUGCUUUAUAACAAUCAUCAGUUUUACUUUCAGUUACCUUUAUAUUGUUCAAGGCCAUUUAGAAGGACAAUUGGUUUGUAGAGUGUAAUAUCUACAGUACCAGAGUGUAGCAGCGUGUACUCUAUUCAGUCAAAGUACGAGCGGUCCCACAGAGCACAAGAAAACCUCGAUAAUGUGGUAGAUGAUGUAAGCAAAUCAGUUGUACACUGGGGCAAAACCGACAGGAAAACUUGGAUAGUCCGUGUGUUGCACGUUUUAAUCAUGCACAAUCGUAGAAAAAAAGCACUGAAAGUUAUACAAUUAGAAUACUUUAAAAAAAAUGCAAAUCAUGUUCUGCAGGCAAUUUUCUCCAAUACCGUGAAGGAAGGCCACUCAAACAAAAAGAAGUGAAAAUGCAAAUAAUUUUGUGAAAAGAUUAUAUUUGGAAGUAGAAUUUUAGGUUCGCCUUGUUAUCAGUUCCCCUAUUGAUAGUGAAUUGUAACAACACCAAGAGGUAUGCAAUGCUGUUUUGUAAAUUGCUAUUGAGAAGCAGGAACAGGGAGAUUAAUGCCAGAAGUGUUUAGAAGCUGUAGCUGUAAUGUCUUGCAUUGCCAUUUGGAUUAAUUCUUUCCGUGUUUGUAUCAUGGAUGAUACAUAAACAAACGUACUGCACCAACAAUAAAUAUAUAUAGGCCCAGAACUUGUUUCUGUAUUCCCUCUUACAGUAGCUAAUGUGAAAGUAUCAUUUAGCUGGAGUAUUUUUGUUUAAACUUAUUUGGCAUAUUUCAUUUUAUAUUAUCACAAAAAGUACCUAAUCAUUCCUUACCCAUUUUAUUCAGAAAUACUAAACUGAAACAAGGCAAAAUUAUUUAAAUCCAAGGCACUUUUUUGAUAAAAGUAGUAUUUUAUUUUUCCUGAUAAAAUAACUCUCCAUUUAAUUGCACAGUUAAGUAUCACUAUGUGGUGAACUUGCUUCUUAUAUCUAGUAUACCAGGAACAUUGGGGUAUAUUAAAUUGACUAGUAAUCUUGAUGAGAUUCUGAAGAAGGGUCUAGCCCAAAACAUCAGCCUUCCUGCUCCUCUAAUGCUGCUUGGCCUGCUGUGUUCAUCCAGCUCUACACCUUGUAUGUCUCAGUAAUCUUGAUGAGUUAGUUAAUGGUCUGGAGAAAUGGGUUCAGAUCCCACUACAGUAUCGAGGGAACUUAAAUUCAAUCAAUCAGUCAAAUAAACUUGCGAAAAAGAAAUCAAUAAUGAUGACCACAUAACUAUUGGAGUGUACAGUCCCACUUAGUUCAUUAAUGCCUUUUAGAGAAGAAAAUCCUCUCUCAGUCUGGUCUAUGUGAUGCCCGACUCAGAACAAUGUGGCUCCUAAAUUUCCACUGCAAUAGGUUGUUGUGAAGUCAGCUCACUGCUGCUUUCUCAGAAGUAUUCAGCAAUGGACAAUAAAUAUUGGUUUUACCACAUGUACAGCAUCUACAUCUGUGAAGAAAUAAGGGGGAGGUGGGGUGGAAGGGAAGGAAAGAAAACAAGCUGCUGAUGCAUUUACUUCUGAUAUUCGUGGCUCAAAACAACUCAUAUGAGUAAUAGAUAAUCUAUAUUGUCUGAUCAUCCAAGGCAGAGGAGCUGGUAUAUAUGAUUACUAUGAUCACGGAAACAUCAGUGUGUACAUCUUCUGUACUGAUAGUUUAGGUUUCCUGUAAAAAAAAAUCUCGUGUUAUGCUCAUACCAGUUUCAGCUUUUUAGUAUGUACUGUAUGAACAUGAUUUAUAUAUUCAUAUAUUAGGUAGUAUCCUGAGUUUCAACUCUCCGAAUAUUGAAUAUAACAUGUACAGUAGUUCAAAGAAUAGACAAUUUUUCAUUAGCAAUGAGUUUUUUGUAAACUUCCAAUAUCAAAAUUAUAUAUAUAUAUAUGUAAGGUAGAACUACAGCAAUUUAUGGACCAAAAUACUUCUGUACAGUAUUUUCUGAUAAAAUUGUAAUCUUAUUUAAUAAAUUAUUAGGGCAUUUACAACCA